UAACAAUAAAUCUCUUUCUUGUUUGGUUGCUAUAAAAAAACUGUUGCUAGAAGAAGAACCGUGUAUAGUGAAGGUCUUUAGGUUUAAUCUCCUGAUGAAAUAGUUCGUUGACAGAGAAGAGCCUCAAAGAAUCUAAUGUUGACAUGAAAUUCUUCCGUCUUUUUCUUGAAAUAGCAUGUGUCCUGGUUGUCCGUACAACCCGCUAUAUAUAUACUCUUUGUUGUCUUCUCUUAUAUAUCUGUUCAGCAUCUGAUAAGGGAAUUUCGUUGUUGGCUCCACAGUUCUUCCCAUCGUAAUUUGUUUGUUUUCUAAAACCGAUUUUUUUUUUCACUAACACACCAUGGGAGCCUGUGCGAGCACGCCUAAGGAGUCUGAUAUCCUUGAAACCCCUGCCACUACCGAAAACGCUGUCGUUGAGCCCAAGAACGUGGAAACCGAAACUGUAUCUCAGGAGAAGGGAGAUGAAGUUGUUGCAGAGAAGAAGGAAGAGUCUACUGUAGAUGAAGCAGAGACACCGAAGGAACCUGAACCAGCUAACCCGUCUGAGGUAGUCAAGUCUGUCGAGGCUGUGAAGACCCAAGAGACUCUAGAAGCUGCUGGUGAGACUGAGCCACCAAAACAAGAGGAGGCUGAACACAGCCAAUGAUACUAAAACCAAUGAAGAGGAUCUUGUAACCCUUUAAGCUCGCUUCUCUCCAAAAUAAUCACAAUCCCUUCUGAUCAACUCUGUAAUUUGUGUUUUUUACAAAAAAAAACUCUGUAAUUUGUAAGUUCUUUUUAUCACUGUUGUAUUUCUA